AUGGUUCCUAUCAAGUUACAGGAUUCUCUCACGAAUCCUCCAAUUAACAGGAUGCCUCUCAUGGUUCCUAUCAAGUCACCGGAUUCUCUCACGAAUCCUCCAAUUCACAGGAUACACCUCUUGGUUCCUAUCAAGUUACAGGAUUCUCUCACGAAUCCUCCAAUUAACAGGAUACCCCUCAUGGUUCCUAUCAAGUUACAGGAUUCUCUCACGAAUCCUCCAAUUCACAGGAUACCUCUCAUGGUUCCUAUCAAGUUACAGGAUUCUCUCACGAAUCCUCCAAUUCACAAGAUACAUCUCAUGGUUCCUAUCAAGUUACAGGAUUCUCUCACGAAUCCUCCAAUUCACAGGAUACCUCUCAUGGUUCCUAUCAAGUUACAGGAUUCUCUCACGAAUCCUCCAAUUAACAAGAUACCUCUCAUGAGGAUUCAUUCACGAAUCCUCCAAUUCACAGGAUACCUCUCAUGGAUACCUCUCAUGGUUCCUAUCAAGUUACAGGAUUCUCUCACGAAUCCUCCAAUUCACAGGAUACCUCUCAUGGUUCCUAUCAAGUUACAGGAUUCUCUCACAAAUCCUCCAAUUCACAUGAUACCUCUCAUGGUUCCUAUCAAGUUACAGGAUUCUCUCACGAAUCCUCCAAUUCACAUGAUACCUCUCAUGGUUCCUAUCAAGUUACAUGAUUCUCUCACGAAUCCUCCAAUUAACAGGAUACCUCUCAUGGUUCCUCUCAAGUUACAGGAUUCUCUCACGAAUCCUCCAAUUAACAGCAAGCAGUUAUAA